AUGACUAUGAAAUUAUUUGAUACGUUGAUUAAAAAUGGAAUCAUAGUUACUGCAAGUGAUGUUUAUCCGGCUGAUAUCGCUAUCAAAGACGGUAGGAUUAUACAAAUUGGAGAACGUAUUAGUGUUGACUCAGCUCGAGACGUGAUUGAUGCUGAAGGUGCGUUCAUCACCCCAGGAGGAAUCGACGCACAUGUCCAUGUUGAUGAACCAUUGAAGUUGUUAGGUCCUGUCGUGGAUACGAUGGAAGAUGCUACAAAAACUGCUGUCACUGGUGGUACUACAACAAUCAUUGCUUUUGCAACUCAGAAUAAAGAAUACGUUGGAGAAGAUGCCCUAUCAAAAUCAGUAAAGGCAGAUGUGGAUUUGUAUGCUACACAAAACCUUUAUUGUGAUUAUGCAUUGCAUCUGAUUCUAUUUUCAGUUACGAAACCUUCCAUUAAAGGCUCUUCCAACUUGGAUAAACAAUUGUCCAAAGUAUAUGAUGACUUUGGGGUCAGUUCUGUGAAGGUUUUCAUGACAUAUCCAGGUUUACAAAUCAGCGAUUAUGAUAUUUUAACAGUAAUGUCUGCAACAAGAAAAAAUGGGUUCACCACCAUGGUUCACGCUGAAAAUGGUGAUAUGGUAAAAUGGAUGAUUGAAAAUCUAGAAGAUCAAGGACUUACCGAACCCUAUUAUCAUGGCAUCUCUAGACCCACCAUUGUUGAAGGAGAGGCAACUAACAGGGCUAUUGUGCUAGCGCAAUCUUUAGAUACCCCCGUCUUGUUUGUUCAUGUUUCUUCACCAGAGGCAAUUGAUACUAUUAGAGCUGCACAAACAAAGGGUUUGAAAGUAUAUGCUGAAACUUGUCCUCAAUAUGCAUUACUUUCUGAUUCUGACACCAAAUGUCAUCAUGGAACAGGUCAUAGCGAAUCUUCAGAUCCUUUUAUUGGAGCUAAAAAUAUUUGUUCACCGCCACUUCGUCCUGAGCAAUGUCAGCAAGCUGUAUGGAACGGUAUAAAUAAUGGAACUUUUACUCUCAUUGGAUCUGAUCAUUGUGCUUAUAACUACUACGAUAAAACAAGCGGAAAAAUUGACGCGUUCAAAAAUGACAAAAACGGAGAGUUCAGAUAUAUUCCAAACGGUAUUCCUGGUGUAUGCACGAGAAUGCCACUCAUGUUUCAUAGUGUUUUGACGGGAAUGAUCAGUGACAUGAUGACGUUUGUGAAACUUCAAUGUACAAAUCCUGCUAAAUUGUAUGGCUUGUACCCAAAGAAGGGAUCAAUUCUGCCAGGAGUAAGUGAUGCAGAUUUAGUUAUCUGGUAUCCAAAUUCGGCCGAACCUAAGUCUUAUCAAAAGCGUCCAUUAACUAUUAGUAAUGACAUCCUCAAUCAAAAGUGUGACUAUACUCCUUAUGAAGGGCUUCAAAUAGACAACUGGCCAAGAUACACUUUAGUAAAGGGUAAAGUUGUUUACAGAGAGGGAGAGAUUGUAUCGGACUCAGGUAUCGGCUCUUACGUUAAAAGAUCCAAAAGCUCCAUGUGUUCGCCAAGAAAUAAAUGGUUAACAGAAUGGAAACCGAAAUAUGUCAAUCAGUGA